AUGGGCUUGGCAGAGUACAAGAAGAUGAAGAAUGGGAGCACAGACACUGGACCAAAUGCAGCCAGGACAGGAUAUCAUGCUUGCCCCACACUUCCCCAUCUCACCCCUACCCUGUCGAAAACCAGAGACAACAGCAGUUGGCUGCCGCCAAGAAAAAUCUCAGGCAAUAGCACAAAACAAGCAGCCUCCAGGGUCCAGCAGGAGAAAAGAAGAAACAACCUAAAAGCCACAGUGAAUCUGACACCACCACUGUGGGUAAGUCACCUGAAUAGGCCCCCAAAGCCCACAAGGCUCUUCCUGCACCCACAGACUCUCUGCUCCCUCUCAGUGCCCUUUCACACCCCUCAAACCCCUGCUGUUGUAAUGGACACAGCAACAAUGAAAGACCAGGAUGCUGACAUCAGCCUGAACACCAUGGCCGAACUCGAGAGCCUGAAACACCUUUCUGAAAAGCUCACUAGCUUCGUGUCUGACACCACACUGACCCCAGACAGGGAGACUCUCCCCUGUUCUGAACAAAUGCAGGAUCUCGAGGAGCUAUAUGAAGGGCUGGCAGAAGCCCUAGACGCCUGCUGUCAAACAAACAUCAAACUCGCCAAGAAGGUGAAGGUACUGGAAAAAAACAGCAGAGAUGAUGUGAAUGAAUUACACCAAGAGAAGGCGUACCAUCAAAACUUAUUGAAAGAAAACGAUGAGCUGAGGAAAGAUCUGCAGCUCCACAAGCAAACCAUCGAAAUUCUAGUAUCACAAAAGAACGAUCUAUACACACAGCUGACCACCAUGCAGCAGGCCGCCACUCAUAAGGCAGAAGAGAUGCGGGGUCUUUCCAGCCACCUGCAGUCUUCCCAACGGCGAGUGUCGGAGCUGGAGGCUGUACUUUCUGCCAUCUCCAGCCAGCAGAAGGAGGAAAAGGAACAUACUAGGGAGCUGACAAGAGAGAAAGACAGCCUAACGGUAGAGCUGGAGAAGACCAAUAAAAGCAUGGAAGAACUCCUGGAGUACAAAUCCACCCUGGAAGAGUGUCUCCAAAUGGCACUGCUUGAGAAAGCAACCGUGGAACACGGAAGGGAAGAGCUCCAAAAGAAGCUAGUGACAUCCAACAUACUCCAGCUACAGUGCUCAGGGCUGUGUGAACACACAGUCAGUCCUCAGGCCUUAGCACAGGCCACUAAAGACAAGAGCCAAGUAGGGGCACUGAAGGAGGAGCUGGAGAACAUGGCUACACAGCUGCAAACACAGCUGCAAGUCAAUAACACCUUAAGUCAACAAAACCUCCUGCUAGAGGAGCAGCUGCAUGCCCUAGAGCAGGCCUCUAAUAUGUGUGCUGUGCAGGCAGAAGAUCGCCUCCAUCAAACAUUAGACACCCUGACCCAGAACCAAAGCAUGAUCAGUGGUGCUCGGGAAUUGAACCAGCACCUCCAGAACCAGCUGGCUGAACUGCAAGGUGGCUUUGUGAGGCUCAGUGGUGACAACAUGGAGCUGGCCAGCACCUUGCAGGCAGAGGAGAACACAAAGAAGCAACUGGCAAAGCAGCUGGAGCAGCUGCAGCAGAAGGUGCUGCAGGGCAGCAGGGAACUGCAGACAGUCCAGGAGAAUUUGCAGCAGACCCAGGAGCAGCUCCUAGCCACCAGGCAGCAGAACCAGCAGCUGCAGGCUCAGAUGAGCCUCCUGGCUGUCCCUGGAGGAAGUGAAAUGGAAGAGAAAAAGGAUGAGGAGGCUGCUAGGCUCCACCUCCCCAUCCCAGAGAAUGUUCAGAGCCCAGAAGACUUGAUUGCCUUUCUCUUUGAGGCUCAAACCUCGGUUGAUGCAGAGAAGGCCCGGCUGGGCCAGCAACUGAGACAGCAGAAACUGCGCUGCCAGUACCUGGCUCAACUGGCAGCCGAGAACAACAGGAGGCCCGAGCAGGAGGCCCUGGCCACACAGAGUAGCAGAGAUUGCAUUUCUCAGGAGAUGCAAGGCAUCACUAGGCACAUUGAAAACCUGACGAGACUCUUCAAGGAAGACCUUCAGGUUAAAACAUUUUUGAAGGAGCGAGUAGAGGACCUUGAACUACUCUGCAUGCAGCUCAGGGGAGAGGUGGACAGCAUCAGGGAUGACACUGCUUUCUAUGGAAAUCACUUGGUGCUGCUGGAGAAGCUACAGCGGGAGAAGAAGGAAUGCAUCGCCCAGCUGGACCAGGACACACAAAGGAUGGCGCUGGAGCUGCAGGAUCUACUUUUCCAGCUGCAGUUUCAGGCAGCCUCUCAGAGCCCACCUGCAAAGCCCACCUCAGGCCCCCCAAAAUCGGAGUCAGCCUGUGAGGAUGAAUUUGAAGACAUAGACCUGAACAGUGAUGAGGAGCCCACAGGACAAGGGGCAUGGCUGGCUUUGCCCCUGGAGAACCCCACCGUGCAGCGGAUAGAGCCAGAGCUGCCUGACUUCAAGCAAAUGCAGCAGGAGGAGGAGGAUGCAGCUUGCUUGAGCAGCCAGUGCAUGCCUUUUUUCUACCGGCAUGCUAUGGAUGACCAGCUAGACAUCUUGGUCAUCUAA